AUGGCGAGCCGAGACCAUUCGAUCAAAAACAACCUGGGGCAGCAGCUCCAGCAGCUCAAGAAGAGCGACCAUGACCGCUCUGUGCAGGGCCACCCUAUCGUUGCUGGUCGGGGCAAUGCCGGCGCAGGUGCAGCAGCAGUAUCGGAAGACACUGCUUCCACUCAACCCAAGUUCAGCUUUGCCCAGCUGGGAAAUCGUGUGGGUCCGAUGAUGCCCAGCUCGCAGCCGUCGAGAGUUCCUCAGCGGCCUGGGCCCCACGCUAAUGUGCUGGAGCAAACCAUCGUCAUUUGCCAGAUCUUUCAGUUUCAGCCAUCCAUCCACCACGGCAGCCCCCAAAUCUGCGGUGGCUGGGACGAUCUCGACGACGACAUGUGGCAGCAGACGAAUGUCCAAGAUUUGCAGGAUCGAUUGGCUGCGCUAAACGGCCGAUGGGUCCAGAUUCUAGAAGGCCUGGUUCGGUUCGUCGAGGACGACGACCCGACCGAAAGCGAUCUGCUUGAGAAAGCGGCCCUGAUUUCGGAAAAGAAAGCACUUGCCCCCAGAAUCGACGAGCUCAAGGCUCAGAUCCGCUCGCUGGAGAAAGCCUCGACCGCAGACGCCACUGCAACAAACAGCUUGGGAUCGCUAUCGAAUCGGCAAUCUGCCACAAGAAGUAUCGAGAAUGCUGCUCACUCAAAGCCCGGACCUUCAAGAGCCUUGCAGCGCGCCCCGUCGCCAGCACCGCCGCUGAACGGCAUGCCCAUUCCGGCAGACAUAGACGAAUAUUAUUGCCAGGACGACUUUAUCCCCGAUGAGGCAUUCUGUGACGACUGGCCCGAUGUCGAUGAUCCCAUUAUCCACGACUAUCAAGACAUGGAUAUUGGCGUCGGCUCGUCAAAGGGAACUGGUCCCCUGCCCGACGCCUCGAAUCGACCCUUGGCCAUCGCCAGUGCAGCAUCGGCCACUUCAAAUGUGCCGUCGACCACCCCUUGGUCUACCACAGCGCUUGUCGGGGCAGCGACAUGUACCAGGAAAGCCGCCGCCGCUGCUGGAGGUCCUGCAAAUCCCACAAAAUCCUUCGGUCUCUCGACAGGCGAUGGCUUUCAAGCUGCACAUGGCGGCACGAACUCCGCGAGUCGCAGCUUCCUCAAGCCCAGUUCCGCCAUUAACCUGGACCGGCGGCCGCUCAAUAACUCUGGCGCGAUAGCCGAAGUGAUCGAAGAGGCUGAGCCAGACCAAUCUGAAGAUAGUCGGAUAUAUCCGUGGUCUGCUGAAGUCAACUGGGCAUUGCUGAAGCAGUUUGGACUCAAGCAGUUUCGCCACAACCAACUCGAGGCAAUCAACACCACACUUUCGGGCAAGGACUGCUUCAUUCUGAUGCCGACGGGAGGUGGAAAGAGUCUGUGUUAUCAGCUCCCAGCCAUUGUCUCCAAAGGCGCAACGAGAGGACUGACAGUUGUCGUGUCGCCUCUCCUGUCGCUGAUGCAAGAUCAGGUAACACACCUGCUCACACUUGAGCUCUAUGCCCCUGAACUCCGCCCCAAGCUCCUCUAUGUCACUCCCGAGAUGCUCACCCGCAGUAACAAGUUUCGGAGCGCGCUGACGCAUUUGUACCAAAGAAAACUUGUGGCACGCUUUGUGAUCGACGAAGCGCACUGCGUUAGUCAGUGGGGCCAUGAUUUCCGCCCAGACUACAAGGAUCUCGGCUUCUUAAGGCGCGAGUACCCCAAUAUCCCAAUCAUGGCGCUCACAGCCACGGCCAACGAAAAGGUCAAGAUCGACGUUCAGGCUUGUCUCCAGCUACAAAACUGUGUGACAUUCGUGCAAAGUUUCAAUAGAGCCAAUCUGAGGUACGAAGUACGGCCCAAGAACCGAAGCAUCGACGAUGACAUCGUCGCCUUCAUCAACACAUUUUAUCCAGGCAAAUCGGGGAUCAUUUACUGCACCUCGAAGCGGUCGUGUGAAGAAACGACGGACCGACUCAAUAAUCGUUACGGUCUCAAGGCUGCCUUCUACCAUGCUGGCCUCGACAAACAAGACCGACAACGCAUCCAAGAGGAGUGGAUUAUGAACAAAGUUCUCAUCAUCGUGGCCACAGUUGCCUUUGGCAUGGGCAUCGACAAGUCAGAUGUUCGAUUCGUGAUCCACUACUCACUUCCACAGAGCAUCGAGGGGUACUACCAGGAAACAGGACGGGCUGGUCGAGAUGGCAAGGAAUCGACCUGUGUGCUGUUCUACUCCUACCGAGACAAACACGUGAUCGAGACGCUCAUCGACCGAGGCGAGGGGAGUGCCGACCAGAAAGAGCGUCAACGCAACAACCUGCGCCAGAUGAUUGCCUACUGCGACAACCAAGUGAACUGCCGGAGAGAGAUUGUACUGCAGUACUUUGGAGAGCGCUUCGACAAAGUACUCUGCAAUCGCACCUGUGACAACUGCCGGAAUGGCACCACCUAUAUCAUGCGUGACGUCACGAAUGCGGCCAUCGAUCUGGUCAAGUUCGUCCAGUCCGUGCGAUCGCAGAGAGUCACAUUGAACCAUGUCAUUGAUGUGUACCGCGGGAUGAAGCGCGCCAAGAUUGUGCAAAUGGGCCACACGAAUCACGAAAUUCACGGCAAAGGAAAGCACUAUAGCAAGUCGGAUCUCGAGCGUAUAUUGCACGAGCUGACCGCGCGUGAUGUGCUGGUGGAGAACUGCCAGCGAAAUCAGCAGGGAUUUGUGACAGCGUAUGCGCAGCUCAACAUCGCUGUGCCGUUCAUGAAUGAAGAUGCCGCUCCUCAGACAACGAGCACGACGGGGCCUGCACCCGCGACAAACGCUGCGCCUGGCUCUUGGAUCCACAAACUACCGACCCGAUCCAAACGGAAGACUGCUGUGGCGUCGGAUGUCGAUGACGACGAUGACGACGAGACCUACGUGGAGAGCGAGAUGGCCGAAGUCAGGGCCGCCAGAACCAGAGGGACCACCAGAGGGGCUACGACCCGAUCCACCUCGAAGCGAACAAGAUCGGCCGCUGGCGGCCACGUAGAGGUGUCUGAGACACCGCCACCAGAGCCACCCCAGAUCCAGGGCAUCAAGAGCAAGUGCUUUGACGAGCUCAAGCGUCUGAGGAAUACGUAUGUCCAGAGGCUCAAGUGCAAGCCGGAGAGCAUAUUUACCGAUUUUACACUCGGCGAACUGUCGUCCAAGCUGCCAACCGGCAUUAUGGAAUUCCUGAGCAUACCCUCCAUCGACGACGACAAAUUUGAACGAUAUGGCCGGGAGUUUUUGGAGGCCACCAAGCGAUAUGCACGAAUGGCAAGCGAAGCAGCAAAGUCGGCAUCUGACGGGCGUGGAGCCCACUCGGCUCAGCUACCAGAGUAA